UUGUUUUUGGCAGACGCAGACAAGCCACAAGGGUUUGAAAAAUUAAAUCAGUUAAAUACGUGAGUGGUGGGGGGGUUCUUAGGAGUCCAAACAUCGUGCGUUUGAUCGUUUUAUAACUUAUUUUGUUGUUACAUAACCGUGCCGGCACCAGUCAGUACGAGAAAAUUACUGUUUAUUGUUCUGUAGUAGUCUCUCAGAAAGAGGUGCUGAGAGUGGGUCUUCAAAUUCCAUUGAGUAACCAUCAUAACCCAGCAAUCCCAGAUGGCUGACUCCAGCCGAGGCGCCAAUGCAGAAGAGAUCACUGGAAUGCGCCAUGAGUGUGGAGUUUUUGGCUGUAUUGCGGCCAGCUCCUGGCCUAGUCAGAACGAUGUUGCUCAAGUCAUUUGUCUUGGACUUGUAGCUCUUCAGCACAGAGGUCAAGAAAGUGCAGGAAUCGUGACAAGUGAAGGAAACAAGAGGCAUUUCAAUGUAAAAAAAGGAAUGGGAAUGAUCAACAUGGUAUUCAAUGACGAAGCAAUGAAGAAACUGAAAGGAAACCUAGGGAUCGGCCACACAAGGUACUCCACAAGUGCUGCCUCUGACGAAGUCAACUGUCAACCGUUUGUCGUACACACAGCACAUGGAGUCAUGGCUGUGGCUCACAACGGAGAGAUCGUCAACGCUAACUCUCUGCGUGAGAUGGUAUUCUCAAGGGGUGUUGGCCUAUCGACCCACUCCGACAGUGAGCUGAUCACGCAGGCGUUAUGUCUCAACCCGCCCGAAGGUGAGGUGAACGGCCCUGACUGGCCGGCCAGGAUCAAGCAAGUGAUGACUCUCGCCCCCCUCUCCUACUCUCUGGUGCUCAUGCUGAGUGACAAGAUCUACGCGGUCCGAGACCCCUACGGCAACAGACCACUUUGUAUCGGAAAGAUUGUACCUCUCAAUAGCAGACUUGAAUCCAAUGAGGCCGAGGGAUGGGUGGUUUCCUCUGAAUCGUGUGGGUUUCUGUCCAUCGGAGCUCGCUACGUCAGAGAGGUGUUACCGGGCGAGAUCGUAGAACUAACGGAAACUGGUCCUCGGACUGUCACUGUUGUAGACAGGCCCGAUGCAUCACUCCCGGCUUUCUGCAUAUUUGAGUAUGUCUAUUUUGCCCGAUCGGACACUAUUUUUGAAGGUCAGAUGGUGUACACAGUGAGACUGGAGUGUGGCAAGAUGCUGGCUAGAGAGGCCUGGGUAGACGCAGACAUUGUGAGUUCAGUACCAGAGUCAGGCACGGCUGCAGCACACGGCUUCUCAAGGGAGUCGGGCAUCCCAUUCGCUGAGGUGUUGUGCAAAAACAGGUACGUCGGAAGAACCUUCAUUCAGCCGUCAACUCGUCUGCGACAGCUCGGAGUGGCCAAGAAGUUUGGAGCUCUAUCAGAGAAUGUUCAAGGCAAAAAGAUAAUACUGAUUGACGACAGCAUCGUCAGAGGCAACACCAUCGGACCGAUUGUGAAGCUGCUGCGAGACGCUGGCGCUAAAGAGGUUCACAUCCGCAUAGCUUCCCCUCCCCUCCACUACCCUUGCUACAUGGGCAUCAACAUACCGACCAGAGAGGAGCUCAUUGCCAACAAACUGGACACAAUGGGCCUGGCUCGACACACUGGAGCUGACAGCUUGGCCUACUUGUCGGUUGAAGGACUUUUGGAAGCUGUAAAACACAAUAUCCAGCGGAGCAACGGACUACAAAUUGGACAUUGUACAGCCUGUCUCACGGGGAAGUAUCCUCAGGCUCUGGAGUGGUGAUCCUUGGAUACUGGAUAUGUUUGAAGCAUUCAACUUGGGCAAGUCAGAAAAUUGGAAAAUUGUUGGCUUUAAAAAAGUAAAUAGCAGAAAACACACAGGAUCGGUUAAAAUACAUUGGGAAAGUACUUCUAAGUAUGAAACAAUUGUUGUAUUCAUCUAUUUGCAUUAGAUUUUUGAACCAUGUGAAUGUAGAAAGUGUAUAAUAUGUAGAACUUAAGUUCAGUCUUUUGGUGACUUUCUUAGUAUUAAAUAAUUGGGUAAUCAAACUGCUCAGGGUAAAUUGUUAGCGUUAUUUUCUUGAUGGAAUCAAGAAUAUAUUGAGGGAUGCAUUUAAAAUGUGAAAUCAAUGUUAUAUUUUUUUCAAUGUAGUCAACCAAAGAGCUUAUCUGAACUUCUGUUUUAGAAUCAAAACAUUCCAAUGGUACCUUCUUAUGUAGUGGUAAGAAUCUCAGGUUGUUAGUGUUAACCACAAAGGAUGUUUAUAAAUGUUUAUUCUUCUUUGUAGUAAGGGAAAAUGUUGAGGUAUUGCUCAAUCUACUGUUUAUAUGUCUACAUUUGUUGUUAAAAUACUAUUUACAGAUUUUUACAUACAUGUAGGCUAUACUUUUAUACAUAUUUUUAUAUUAGAUAUUAAAGUUUAUAAUUCAGUA